CACGUCACUGACGUCAGAGUGCGCUCUGAGGAGUCCGAGAAGUUGAAGAGUUUAAGUGGGUGGGGAAAUGAAAACAUAACGGUAACAAUGAGUCCCUCCUCUGUUUACUAAGCCGUUUUAACUACGACGAAAGCCGCUCUCCGUGUAUAAAGGCAGACGAUCCUCAUGUAACCCUGCUAACAAUAAAGAAACCCGGGUUUUGAACACUUUUCUUAGCUACCGCAUUUAAAGAGACAGCGCCGGGGCUUUCGAAAAGCAUCAUGGCGGACUCCAGCACCAAUGGCCUCACAUCUCUCGCGCGGGCUUUGUCACAACCAUCUCUGGAUCUGAUAGAAGUUAAUGAUGUUUCCCCUCCACGAAGUCUUCAGCUUCAUCCAGGACGAAGGAGAAAGUUGUCCAGUUGCAACUCGAUUGAGAACGCCGACCUGGUAACCUCACCUUGCGCCGCGGAGGCGCGGGUCCUCGUUAUCAAUACUGGAGGAACUAUCGGCAUGACUCUUCAUGAAGACGUUCUUGCCCCACAAGCCAAUGCUUUUGUGAAGAGCCUGCGUAAGCUGCCCAUCCUCCAUGAUGAGACAUAUGCUCACCAGACCCGCAUGUAUGAAUACUAUGGAUCUGACACCUUGGUCCUGCCGAAGCCAGCGCCCCAUCCCGACCUGCACUUUCACGGACUGAGUAAACAAAAUAAGAGGAUAGUCUACACUAUCUUGGAGUACAAUCCUUUAUUGGACUCUUCCAAUAUGACCACAGAUGACUGGGGUAGAUUUGGAAAGGACAUUGAGAGAAACUAUGAAAGCUACGAUGGUUUUGUGAUUCUUCAUGGCACAGACACUAUGGCUUACACAGCCUCUGCCCUGUCCUUUAUGUGUGAGCAUUUGGGCAAACCGAUCAUUCUCACGGGCUCACAGGUACCCAUCUAUGAGAUGAGGAAUGAUGGCAGAGACAAUCUACUUGGGGCAUUACUAAUUGCUGGACAAUUUGUCAUUCCUGAGGUGUGCCUGUAUUUCUACAACAAACUCUACAGAGGGAAUCGUGUGACCAAAGUGGAUGCUGGGAGCUUCAAUGCAUUCUCAUCUCCUAACUUGGCCCCCUUGGCCACUGCUGAAGUGGAUAUUACAAUCAACUGGGAUACAGUGUGGAGGGCAAACACCACAGCAAAGUUUCAAGUCAAGACUGAGCUGAACCGCAACGUAGGCCUGCUUAGGCUAUUCCCAGGAAUCACUGCGUCUACUGUAAAGGCUUUCCUGCAGCCACCCAUGGAAGGAGUGGUCCUGGAAACCUACGGCAGCGGAAAUGCCCCCGAUAACCGCCCUGAUCUCCUGGAACAGUUAAAGAAAGCCACUGAUGCCGGUGUCAUCAUCAUCAACUGCACGCAGUGUCUGAGGGGGUCGGUGUCUACAUCCUACGCCACUGGCAAGGUCUUGAUAGAAGCCGGCCUGAUAGCAGGAGGCGACAUGACUCCAGAGGCUGCGCUGUCAAAACUGUCCUACGUAUUGGCCAAGAAGGAGCUUGCUCUGGAGGCGAAGAAAAAGAUGAUGGCAGAGAACCUGCGAGGUGAAAUGAUCGCUGACUUGGCAGGAGCCAAACUGUGCCUGAGUGACAGCCGUUUCAUCCAAGUCAUUGCCAAGUCUCUAAGCGUCAGCUGCAAAGAGGAGCUGGAAGCCAUCCGAGAUGCUCUGACUCCCACGCUGGCAUGCGCCGCUGCUAAGAUCGGUGACAUUGAGGCCUUAAAAGCCCUAAAAGAAAUGGGCAGUAACUUAUGUCUGGUGGACUACGAUGGACGCACACCCCUUCAUGUUGCUGCCUGUGAGGGCCACCUCAAAAUGGUGCAGUACCUACUGAGUCAUGGAGCUUCGGUCCACACUAAAGAUCGCUAUGGCGACACACCCCUAUGCAAUGCUGUGCGUUUCAGACACAAGGAAGUUGUGAAGCUGCUGAGAAAGACCGGAGCUCAUUUCUCCAGACAUGAGUUGGAGGAAGCAGGAACUGAAAUGUGCAGCCUGGCAGCCAAUGGUGACCUGGAUGGUCUGGAAAUCUGGAGCCUUGCUGGAGCAGACUUAAAUCAACCAGGCUAUGAUGGGCAGACUGCAAUUCAAGUGGCACAAGCUGUCGGCAAAAAGGAUGUGGUAGCAUUUUUGCUCCGACUCGAGAGCAAAAAAUCAAAGAAAGUAUUGGGUGAAUUUAAUGAUGAUGAUGAUGAUGAUGAUGAUGAGGAAGAGGUAAAAAAGAUGUAGCCCAAGUGUGUGUGUUUCCCUGUGUCUACAUUCCCCAUACUCAGCAUGAGAUCAAACCCUGUGCAUGACUGCAUUGGCUCCCUUGUUUCUUUGUCUACAAUACCUUUUGCUUAUUAUCCAUCAUGACCUGUUGUCACUGGGUUGUGUGUCUCAGCGCAAAGUGCUAAAGAGGAAUUGCAUACACUUGGAAUGGUCACCAAAUUGGGUGGGAAUAACGUGCCAAAUCUACAGAGAAAUGGCUCUGAUCCGGAAAGCCAUUAGCUAGCAUGCUGAUUGAAAACCUGGGGGAAGGGGGCUUUUUUUGGGGUCUGGGUUUCUGGUGUAACCAGGACAUCCAAUAGAAGUAUAUUUUAAUAAUUCCAUACUUCCUGUUCAGUUAUAGUUUACAAAUAGAUUCCUUUUGAAAAUCAAAUUAAAACCCUAAAUUUAUGUCAGGUGAUAGGUGACUAUGUCCACAUAGCAUUUUGGUUAAUGCACUCACUCUUUGGGUCUUCACACACCUUGUUCACCUGCAUGUACCCACACCUGCUCAGAUCCCACUGGUUGAACUGACACACAAGCAGACUGCAAAAGGAAAUCGGAAAAGCUCCUAGUGCCAACAAUAUAUUAUAUUAUAACCGGGUCGACUGUGGCUCGGGACAUAGAGUAGGUCAUCUGCCAACUGGAAGGUUGGUAGUUAGAUCCAGUCUGCAUGUCAGCUUAACCUUGGGCAAAAAUGAGCCCUGAGUUUUGAUUCAUCCAUGAGAGUGUUAGUGUUUAGGUAUAGAGAAAAGCACUGUGUGAAUGCGUGUGUGAUUAAGUGCAUAUGGCUUGUAGUAAGAAAGUGCUCACUUAGACUA